UAAAUACUAAAGAAAAACAAGGCACUGAGAUUACUCUUUGUUUUGGGAGCUAAAGAAGAUGGAAAGCAGAGUUGAAGAAGAGAAGAAGCAAGAAAUUCCUUUGAUUACGCCUUAUCAAAUGGGAAUUUUCCAACUCUCUCACAGAGUGGUUUUGGCACCCUUGACAAGGCAGAGAUCAUUCGGAGGCAUUCCGCAACCGCAUGCCGCCGUGCAGUAUGCCCAGAGAGCCUCUAAUGGUGGGCUUCUUAUAGCCGAAGCCACGUGGAUUUCUGAAACUGCCACUGGCUAUCCCAACACUCCUGGUAUUUCCACAAAGGAGCAAAUAGAAGCCUGGAAACCAAUCGUAGAUGCAGUUCAUGCCAAAGGUGCUGUGUUCUUCUGCCAGAUUUGGCAUUGUGGCAGAGUUUCACAUUAUGAUUUUCAGCCAAACGGGCAACCUCCAAUCUCUAGUACGGGCAAGGUAUUAGCCCCUCAAAUCGAAAUCAAUGGCGUAGAUGUUGCACAUUUUUCACCCCCAAGACCGCUAAGAACAGAUGAAAUUCCUGGCGUUUUGAACCAUUUUCGGCUGGCUGCAAGAAAUGCAAUUGAAGCUGGCUUUGAUGGAGUUGAGAUCCAUGGAGCCCAUGGCUAUCUAAUAGAUCAGUUUCUCAAAGACCAAGUUAAUGACAGAAGAGAUGAAUAUGGAGGCUCCUUGGAGAAGCGCUGCAGGUUCGCUUUAGAAGUAGUGGAAGUAGUUGCCAGUGAGAUUGGAGCGGGUAGAGUCGGGAUAAGGCUCUCCCCCUUUGCAAACUUCAAUGAAUCGGCUGACUCCAAUCCCGACGCUUUGGGCCUUUACAUGGCCAAAGCAUUGAACAAGUACAACAUUUUGUACUGCCAUGUGGUCGAGCCAAGGAUGACCAAAGUAGGCGAGAAGGCCGAGUGCCACGAGAGCCUGUGGCCGAUGAGGAAAGCGUUCAAGGGCACGUUCAUGGUUGCAGGGGGAUACGAAAGGGAGGACGGGAACCAAGCCGUGGCUGAAAACCGGGCUGAUUUGGUAGCCUAUGGGCGUUUGUUCUUGGCUAAUCUAGAUUUGCCAAAGAGGUUUGAGCUUGAUGCUCCUCUUAAUAAGUGCAAUAGGGCAACUUACUAUACGCCUCAUCCAGUUAUUGGCUACACUGACUAUCCAUUUCUUGAAACAACUAGUAUGUGAUCUUUAGAAGAAUGACUUGGGAUGAGAAUGAUAGAGACUUAAUCCCGAAUUCAUUAUUUUUUAUAAUAGAUAACUUAUCAUUAAAUUAUAUUAUAAAUUUCAUACUAGUAUUAGUGGUAAUA